AUGACGGGUCAGCAAACGCUGAUCUACAGUUUUGUGGCGAGGGGGACGAUGAUUUUGGCUGAUUACACAGAAUUCACAGGGAAUUUUACCUCCAUUGCAUCUCAAUGUCUUCAAAAGUUGCCUGCUUCCAGCAACAGAUUCACUUACAAUUGCGACGGCCACACCUUCAAUUACCUUGUGGAAAAUGGAUUUACUUAUUGUGUAGUUGCAGUUGAAUCUGCUGGUAGGCAAAUUCCGAUUGCUUUUCUGGAGCGUAUCAAGGAUGAUUUCAACAAGAGACAUGGUGGGGGUAAUGCUACAACUGCAGGACCAAAUAGUCUCAAGAAAGAUUUUGGCCCUAAACUGAAAGAGCAGAUGCACUAUUGUGCCAACCAUCCUGAAGAAAUUAGCAAACUUGCGAAAGUGAAGGCACAGGUUUCUGAAGUCAAGGGUGUGAUGAUGGAAAAUAUUGAGAAGGCACACCGAGGAGAGAAGAUUGAGCUUCUUGUGGACAAAACUGAGAAUCUCCGAUCACAGGCACAGGAUUUUCGAACACAAGGGACCAAAAUGAAACGGAAAAUGUUCAGAAAAGCCACCCAUUACCGACUCCGAAGGGGAGAUGUGAAAAGGGUCAAGGAGGCGACGAGGAGGGCUCGACGGUGCUCAGGUCGCGUUGGCAGAGGGACGGCGAUGAAGGCCUACUGGGAUGGUGAAUCGAGGGUGAACGGACUGCCACUGGUGCUCCAUGCUGUGACCUUUUGUGCGUGGGACGUAGACGCCGGAGGAGGGGAAGGAAUGGCGGCUGAGGUGAGUGAAAGGAGAUGGAGAGGGAUUAUUAACUUGGAGAGAAAGCCAAAGGGAGGUUAUAUAGAGCUUGCAAAUCCCUACUUUCCUUUUAGGCGCGGGAGAAGGCCGGUGCGGGCACGCGGGUUGCCGGUGCGGAGCGCGGGUCGAGGCUUCCUAAUGCGGGUCUAG